CCCCAAAAAGUGAGACACAAAUAACAACUUUUCUUGAAAGUUUGCUGUUAUUCACUUUAGAGCCAUAUAUUAUACACAAAAUGGGAGGGUCUGAUAAAGAUGGGUUGAAAAAAGGGCCAUGGACUUCAGAAGAAGACCAAAAACUAUUGUCUUUCAUUAACAAACAUGGUUGUGGUAGCUGGCGUGCUUUGCCUGCUAAAGCUGGUCUACAGAGAUGUGGAAAGAGUUGUAGGCUAAGAUGGAUAAAUUAUCUAAGGCCUGAUAUCAAGAGAGGAAAAUUCAGUUUACAAGAAGAAAGAACCAUCAUUCAACUUCACGCUCUUCUUGGAAAUAGAUGGUCAGCAAUAGCUGCUUACUUGCCAAGAAGAACAGAUAAUGAGAUAAAAAAUUAUUGGAACUCGUGUUUGAAGAAGAGAUUUACCAAAUUGGGCAUUGAUCCAAUGACUCACAAACCUAAUGGUACUGCAGGGUCAUCAAAAUAUGUUGCAAAUCUUAGUCAUAUGGCUGAAUGGGAAAGUGCAAGAUUAGAAGCAGAAGCUAGACUUGUUCGUAAAUCUAAAAUCCUCUUCAAUAACAAUAACAUGACUAGUCACAAUUACAACAUUAAAAACCAUACUACUAUUUCCCAACAAUUAGUACCUUAUUAUCAACAACUCCCUUGUCUUGACAUAUUAAAAGCAUGGCAAAUGACUAGCACAAAAUUACCAACAAUAAAUGACAUUAGUGCCAUUCUUCUUAAUAAUUCAAGGAACAAGAACCUCGAAUCAUCAUCGAUACCAUCAACUUUAAAUUCCUCAGAUAUUUUUUUCGCGAACAAUGUACCAACUACUACUACUACAAAAGUUGGUGAUGAUCAUAAAAAUCCUCCUAAUUUGUCUACAAUCAACUCAUGUUUUGAAGAUGAUUAUCUCCAAACAGAACUUCCAAGUUUCAUGCAGGAAUUUUCGGGGCUAUUUCCGGAAUAUACACAAAAUUCAGCAAAUGAACAAUUGGAUAAUUUUAUGGGAAGCUGUUCUGGAGAUUUUGAAGACAACAAGUCACUAAUUAAUUGGAACAAUAAUUUCCCUAAAUAUUUGGUCAAUUCACCUAUUGGAUCUCCAGUAUUCUGAGUUAUUCUACUAUAUAGCUAUAGAAAAAUUGUACUUCUUUGAGUUUAAUUAGUUUUUUUGUUUUAUGACUAUGGUAGCACCUUACAUUUUAUUAGAAGGAUUUGCCUCACUAGCUCCUUAUUAGCGUGAAGUUUAAUUUAUGAAAUGAUUGAUUAAAAUUUAAAA